AUGGCUACCUUCGUUCUUGAGAACUUGCGCUCCGACACACAGUAUGUGUAUUACACCAACGCUAGUCACAAAGGAAGGUUUCACACGCAUCCUGAGCGUCCUAAAAGGUGGUCUAUGGUCUCCAGUAGCUGCAUCAAAGCCUUUUGGACAUACAACCCUUUGGACCACCAACUUAGCAUCCGGGGCCUAGAUUUCCUGUUAAAGGUCGCGGAGUCUAGGGAGCUCUCUUUCAUGCUGUUCCUUGGCGACUUCAUCUACAUUGACUUGCCAAAAAGGUUCGGUUGGAAUACGGAGGACUAUCAACAAGCUUACAGGCAAGUAUACGCGUCUCCAAGUUGGUCACAAGCUUGGACAGAGCUACCAUGGUUGCAUCUAUAUGACGACCACGAGAUCAACAAUAAUUGGUCGUCAAAUGGGACAGGAAUCUAUCAGCAGGCUAUCAAGGCCUUCAUGACUUACCAUGACGCUGCAAAUCCGCCUCCAUUUCGAGAUGCUCAAACAUACUUCACCUUCCGCCACGGUGAUGUGUCAUUCUUCAUUGCGGACACAAGACGCUACGGGUCAGUUGCGAAGAUGAAGGACGGCCCGGAGAAGACUAUUCUCGGCGCACAGCAUCGGCGCACAGCAACGGCGCGAUUUAGAAAGCUGGUUGACCGAUGCUUCUGGAUGGAAGGUCGUCGUAAGCAGUGUCCCCUUCACGCGGAAUUGGAGGGGUCCCGACGUCGAGGAUAG